CGACGGAGUCGCGAAUUAAAAAGCUGUUUAGUGCGCCCGCCGCAUAGAGGAGUUUGAGUCUGAACUAAACGGAGAGGAUCGAUAUGGCAAGAGAUAGCUGCUUGGCUCGGAUUACCGCCGGGGUUGCCGUGGGCGGCGCAGUUGGCGGCGCUGUUGGUGCUGUUUAUGGGACUUAUGAGGCUAUCAGGUAUAAGGUUCCUGGGCUGCUAAAAGUUAGAUAUAUUGGGCAAACGACAUUGGGCAGUGCAGCUAUUUUCGGUCUUUUCUUGGGUGCUGGGAGCUUGAUACAUUGUGGAAAAUCUUACUGAAAGCUCUUUUGAUAGUACUUGGUUCAUAAGGUUUUAUUUUACAUAAUUAUGAGAGUAAACAAGGCUUCUUCGGUUCAUGACCAAACCAAGUAUUGUUUUCUUUUUCAAUUUUCUUUUUUAAGCUUGCUAAGAUCUUACUUUGAUUGCAU